UAAUGGACAAUCAGUAGUGCAAAAAUAGUCGCUGAAUGAAUUGAAUGCAGAAUUCCAACAUUUAUUGUUGAAGAAAACAACUUUUAACUUUGAGAGCAGUAAGACAACUAAAAUGAGAACCCUAGCUACAUUACCAUCUUCAAAAACCAGUAGUGAUCAUUGUGAUAUGAAACCUCCAACAACAACAACUUCAUUACAUUCGAGUGGAAGCCAAUACCAAGCAAACAACAACACACAAUGGGGGAAACAGGAGACACUGGAGUUGAUAAACAUAAGAGGCCAACUCGAGACAAAUUUCAGCACUUCUAAGCGUAAUAAAGCGCUUUGGGAAAGCGUCGCUUCUUCCCUCAAACAAAAAGGUUUCUUUCGAACCCCUCAUCAGUGUAAAUCCAAAUGGAAGAACCUCGUCAAUCGUUACAAGGGUAAAGAUACAUCUGAUGCUGUAAACGGAAAGCAGUGCCCAUUCUUUGAAGAACUGCAUGUCGUUUUUUCUGAAAGAGCCCGAAACGUGCAGCAAUCUUAUAUGGAAUCCCAACAGGUUGCUUUACAAUCAAGGAAGAGAAUGAAGAGUUACAGUGGUGAUCAGUUUUCGGAUGACGUUUCUCAGGAUGAUGAUGAUGAUGAAGGAGAUGAUAGCUAUCAGGACGGCCUCAUCAGAAGCAGUAAUGCCCAGAAAAGAAAAACCGACAGAAAAGAACAUUUAUCUGCCGGUUUGAUGUGUAGCAACUCCAUAGAUAUUAGUAGUAGCAGCAGUAUUCAGGAGAUGCUUAGAGGGUUUUUCCUACAGCAGCAGAGGAUAGAGAUAGAGUGGAGGGAGUCUAUGGCAAGGCACCAGCGUGAGAGAGAAUUGUUUGAGCACGAGUCGCAGCACUCAAUGGAGAAACUAGAGAGAGAGAGGCUAAUGUUGGAGCAAGCAUGGAUGGAGAGAGAAGAGCAAAGGAAGAUAAGAGAAGAGGUUCGAGCGGAGAAAAGGGAUGCCCUGCUGACAUCUUUGUUGAACAAGCUCAUCAGUCAAGAGAAUUUAUAAUGAAUUUCUAUCAUGGAUUCAUUGUAUACUGUAUGUUUCUCCUUUCACUUUGUACUAGCAAUUGAAUUCUGAAUAAGGCACUUGCAGUAGAUUGGAGGAGUUAGGAAAUGAUACUUAGCAGCCAUAAUAUAGGAAAUUAGGAAUGGUAGGAUAAUGCAUGUGUAGAAUAUAUAAUCCUUAGGCGUGUUGGAAUGACCUAUAUACACAUAAUUUGUAUACUGAAUUUCUGAACGGGUCUAGAUAAUUCGCAUGUGCUAUUUCGCCUGA